AUGUGUUGUAUUUCAGAUGCAUGUGUCGACUGUUUUAUUAUCAAUGGUGUGGGCUACAAGAAUCAUCCAACUGAUUGUACUAAGUUUAUACAGUGUGUGUUUGAAUGUACGCCUGUUAUUUAUCUGCCAUUUGAUGAUGACGAUGAUAACAUCAAAGAUCAUUCAGGAAAUGAGAACUACAUCUAUAACGAUGGUGUCAAGGUGUCGGGCGGGGCUGCUUAUUUCGACGGCAAGAGUUCGUUAAGAAUUCCAAGAUUCUCCAACAUGGACUUCGGCUCUCAUCUUAUGAUAAAGUUUAAAUACUAUAAGGGCAGCCCGAUUACAAGGAAACAGGCCCUGAUUUCUAAUGGUGACUGUGGCGUGAUUGGAUCCCUGUAUAUUUUGAAAUAA